CAGGGGAAGCAGCACGCACUAGGGGCACAUUCUCCUCUGUCCAACAACCACCCUCGACACCAAAGUGCCCUCUGAGUGCUAUUCAAGAUGCCGAAGGGGAAGUGGAUGUACGUAGUCUCUGGCCAACUUUAAGUCACUUACUUAGUUGACCCGCCUGCAGCAACAAAAAGACGGCGACGCACUUCACGCUCGUGUACCGCCCUCAAAAUGAUCCCCUCAUCCACGACGAGUCGGCGCCGGCCAUGGUGCUCGCCCCGACUCAGCCCGCCAACAAGUCCACCAAGGGCCGUGGCCUGAGCGACCUCGCCUCGGAGCUGGGGUCCGACGCGCUCAGCAUCCGCGACAACGAGGGCGAGGCGGCCAAUUACGGCAUCUACUACGACGACACCGAGUACGACUACAUGCAGCACCUGCGGGACCUGGGCCAGGGGUCGGGCGAGGCCGUGUUUGUCGAGGCCAAACCCGUGGGCAACAAGGGCAAGGCCAAGCAGCAUCAGCCGCUCGAGGACGCCCUGCGCCAGCUGGACCUGCAGAACCAGACCGAGGACCUGGCUCUCGACAACGACAUUCUACCCAACAAAAACCUGCAGCGACUGACGUACCAGGCGCAGCAGGACGUGCCUGACGCGAUCGCGGGUUUCCAGCCGGACAUGGACCCGCGGCUGCGGGAGGUUCUUGAGGCGCUGGAGGACGACGCCUAUGUGGACGACGAAGGCGGCGAGGAUAUCUUCCAGGAGCUGGCCAAGGACGGGGAGGAGUUGGGUCUGCACGAGUUUGAGGAGGUAUAUGAUGAAUUUGAGGAGGAGGAUGAGGGGUGGGAGUCAGAUCGCACCGUCAAGGCAACUGGGGGAGAGGCAAAGGACGAGGAGGCGCCGCAGCUCACAGACACGAACAAAGCGCAGCCUGGGGAGAGUGCCGUGUCAGAAGACUGGAUGGAGGAAUUCAAAAAGUUCAAGAGCGACCAGAAGGCGGAAAAGAAGCCCCGGGCAGCAGCAGCACCGUCCGAGUUGCAAUCAUCAAUAUGGACGACGACAACAAACGGCGGGCGGAGGAAGACGAGGAAAGGUGCCAUGACGAACCCCUCGACAUACUCGAUGACGUCCUCUUCUCUGGUGAGGACCGAGCAGCUGGGCAUCCUGGACGCGCGGUUCGAGAAGAUCGAGGAGGAGUACAAUGCCGACAUGGACGACUUGGGCUCCGUGUCUGCUGUAUCAACCAUGUCGACAGUGCAAGGGCCGACGCGGCAAGACUUUGACGGCUUGCUGGACGAGUUCCUUGGUGACUACUCGAUGUUCGGGAAGAAGCGGGUCAAGAAGGGCAAGUGGAAGAACGGGAUAGAGCAGUUUGACGAGAUCAGGAGAGAACUGGGCCCCCCAAAAAUUCCUGCAAAGUACAAGUAGGUAUGGAUAUGAUCGCAAGUACCUGAAUAUCCGUCAUGACGACUACAGUUCAGAUUGUUCACAUCUCGCUUCGCUCAAAUGACCAGACACGUGGACUUCA